AUGGAUCGCACACCGGAGGGAGGUCACAAACUGCGAGGUGCACGGCGCAAAUCUAUUCGUGCAAGCGACGACCAGCCGCGCGUAGCACAGCAGGCAGCGCCACAAAUGGCGGCCAGCAGGGCUUCUAAGCCGCCUGCCGCCUCCACGCCUGUGCCCAGCACGCGCCAUGGCAAGGGGGCUUCAGACGCGCCUCAAAAGGCAUCCAAGCCGCCUGGCGCCUCCUCCUCGCCUGCGCCCACCAUGCGCCGUGCCAAGUCGGCUUCAGACGCGCCUCAAAAGGCGUCCAAGCCGCCUGGCGCCUCAUCCUCGCCUGCGCCCAGCACGUGCCGGGGCAGGGCGGGGCGUGCUCCCAAGUGCCCAGGAGUGGCAGCAGCGGAAGCAAGGGAGGCAGGGGAGGGAGAGGGGGGAGGGACGCUGUGCGAGUUGGAGCAGCACGUGCUGCCAUGGCGUGUGGACGACAUCUACAAAGACCGACUUAUCACUAACCUCGUAAGAUCAGUUGGAGGAACUUUUGAGAGUUGGAGGAACGCUGUGCGAGUUGGAGCAGCACGUGCUGCCAUGGCGUGUGGCCGACAUCUGCAACGACCAGCUCCUCUCCACCCUUGUAAGAUGCUGCUUGCACUCUCCCGCCCUUGCAAUGUCUGCGCAUUGAGUCUUAUUAACCUCUGCGAAAGCACCCGGCACUUGAAGCAGCCAUUGCCCUCGUCUCCCUCACCCCUUGCCCCCAACCCCCCUGCACUGCCCGUGCCCCCCCCUGUCAGUGGGUGCCUCCAGUGGGGGUGGGACACCACUGCUGGCUUCUGCUACGUGGACUUGGAGGUGUGCCGCGCGGUUGGGACCGGUGAGGCGGGGAAGGCGGGUGCAGCAGGGGCGGAGCUGAAACCCACAGACGUGGUGCUGCUGUCCUCUGCGCCCCCCUCUCGCCCACCCGCGCUGCUCUCCCCGGGAGUGCUGCACUGCCUGGCGCUGCUCGUGAAGCCACGAGGGGGGGGGCUACGUGCCAAGAUGGUGGCCCGUGAGGGCUCGCGUGAGUACAGCGCGCUCAGGGCGGCAGUGGAAGUGGAGGCGGAGGGUAGCGAGCAGGCGAGUGCAGUGCGGUGGUAUGCCACCCCACUGGGCUGUCUGGCCACGCCUCUGCGCGUGUGGGCAGCGCUGCAGGGGGGGGAGGAGCCGGGCGAGGAGGGGGCGAGGCGGAGGAGGGUGCUGAGGGCGCUGCUGUGCUCCAAGGAGAAGCAGCAGGGGAGGCUCAAAGCUGGAGCGAGGAGACCAGGAUCGGAGUGGAGAGAGCGAAGCUCGGCAGUGGCCCCUGCCAUUGCAGUGGCGCCUCAUGAGGCAGCAGCUGUGCUGCAAGCUGUGUCGGACCUCUGCACUGCCCACCACCUCUGCACUGCCCACCACCUCUGCACUGCCCACCACCUCUGCACUGCCCACCACCUCAACCACUCCCACCACGCACCCCCCCUGCAGCUGGUGCAAGGGCCGCCUGGCACGGGCAAGACGCACAUGCUGGCGGUGCUGCUGUGGGCCGUGCUGUCUCUGGGCGUGCGCACGCUCGUGUGUGCGCCCACCAACGUGGCAGCCGCCGAGGUGGCCCGCCGCAUGCUGCGCCUUGCUCUCGCCGCUGUCCCACCCGUGCUCCUUCCACAGCGCGCCCAGGGCGGGGGUGGUGAGGCAGGGGCAGGGGCAGGGGCAGGGGCAGGGGCAGGGGCAGGGGCAGGGGCAGGGGCAGCAGCAGGGGAAGCGGCAGGGGCAGGGGCAGCAGCAGGGGAAGCGGCAGGGGCAGGGGCAGCAGCAGGGGAAGCGGCAGGGGCAGGGGCAGCAGCAGGGGAAGCGGCAGCGGCAGGGGCAGCAGCAGGGGAAGCGGCAGCGGCAGGGGCAGCAGCAGGGGAAGCGGCAGCGGCAGCGGCAGGGGCACAUGGAGAGCGGGUGCAGGUGGGGGACAUGGUGCUAGUGGCAAACGAGGAGAGGGUGGAGGUAGACAGCGAGCUCUGCAUGCUGUUCCUGGGCCGCCAGGAUGGCAGAGGUGGUGGGUCACGCAGGGGGCGGGUGUGGCGGCUGCAAGCGGCGCUGAGUGGGCUCACCGGGUGGAGAGGCGCGUUCAGUGCUCUCAUGGGCGUGCUGCAGUGGACGGGCGAGCAGCUGUGGUUGGAGUAUGAGGGGCAGGAGAAGGAGCAUGAGCAGCAGGAGGAGGAGUGUGAUGAGCACGGGAAGGAGCGUGAGGGGCGGCUCACAGCCAAGGAGGAGAAGGCUGGAGGGGGUGGUGGAGGGCAGGUUGGCGGGGACGGCAAGGCGGAGAGCAGCAGUGGCAGGAGGCCUGAAGCUGACCUGCUGAGCUUCUUCCGAGAGCGAGUGGGGAAGCUGGUGAACCAAGCGAGGGAUGCAGCUGCCACUCUGGCCCAGGACCUGCCGUCCGCCCUCCUGCCGGCACACCACCGCGCAAUGCUUCUGCAGGCGGCUGAGCUCCUGCCCGCACUGCUGCACGUCCUGGCGUGGCCUGGGCUCGCGCCUGCUGACGUCCUGCAGUGGCUGGAUGGCGGGGCGUGGAGGACUGCGAGGCAGGAGAGCAAGGGGGUGCGAGCAGUGCGAGGCUGCAGUGCUGGCGGGGCUAUCCCAUCAGAAUGCCCCGCCUUCAAAAUCCCUGGGCUCAGCAGCAGCAGCCCAUCGUGGGAUUGCAUAGCAGAGGCAUGUGUGAAGGGCGCACGCCUCGUGCUCUCAACCGUGUCAUCGUCUGCUCGCUCGCUCAUCCGCCUCUCGGGUGCCUUCCCUCUGUUGCUGCUGGACGAGGCCGCUCAGCUGGUGGAGGCAGAGGCGCUCGUGGCUCUGCAGGCGGACGGCGUGCAGCACGCCGUGCUGGUCGGCGACCCUCGGCAGCUUCCCGCCACCGUCAUGAGCAAGGUGGCAGAAGCAGGUCACUACAACCGCAGUUUAUUCGAGCGCCUGCAAGGCAACGGGGCUACCGUUGAGUCGACUCAAAAGUCACAAUCCCCCCCUCUCUGGGCUACCCUCUCCCCGGUUCCUGCCUCCAUUCUCACAUUCCCUCGUUUCCGUCUACCGUCUCUUCCUGCCAUUGAACCUGCAGCAUGCAGAGGAGCAGGCGCAGACACGCAGGGGGGCACUGGCCUCAAGGGACUCAAGGUGGGGGUGAUAUCGCAGUACAAGCGGCAGGUGGAGGCACUACAGGGCGCGGUGCAGGCGAGGGAGGGGGCGUGGAGGCAGCUUCUGGUGGAGGCGGGUACUGUGGACGGGUUCCAAGGGAGGGAGUGUGACGUCAUCAUCCUUAGUACUGUCCGCUGCAACACGGCUGGAUCGAUUGGAUUCGUUGCUGACCCCCGACGUCUGAACGUGGCGGUGACAUGUGCAUGCCAUGCCAUGUGGGUGGUGGGUGACGGUGACACACUGAGGCGGGGCAACCGCACAUGGGAGCAGUUGCUGGUGGAUGCUGAGAGGCGUGGGUGUGUGGUGAGGGCACACAAUGAUCCAAGGCUGCAAGGGGCUGUCAGGACGGCUCAUGGAGGCCGUAGCAAACCAGGCCGGAGAUUCGUAGCUCAGUAG